AACGUGAGAGAGGGAGGGGGAGAGCGGGAGAGGGGGAGAGAGAGAGCAACCCCAUGCUUUGUGCGGCAACAAUUCUUUCACGGAAGAACGGUAGCGCAAAUCCUAGGAUACAGAUGUUGUAUAUUGGAUUAGGCUGUCCCUGUGAAUCAUAGAUAGGAGGAUCAGCCUUGUUUUGUAUUAUUCUGUCGAUUGGGAUUGGGAAAAUAGUAUACUACAUUACAAUGCAAGUGCUACCCAGACCCAGAUGGCGAAACCUUUUGAUUCUCAAGACCUCCUGGAUUCAAUCAUCGUCUUCUUCGUCGGCGCAUUUAGCUUCCUUUCAUUCCACUCCCACUACCUUUGACAGAAGGAAGACCCAAUCCAACUUUAAUCACAUCAGAUUUGAAACACAUCAAAAGCGCGCUGAUACAAAGAGUGCUCUAAAAGAUCUUCUUCUCAAAAGUGGUUCCUCCAAAAUUACAUUUCAGGAUUACUUCCCAAGAAUGGAUGGAAAAGCGAACUGGAACAUGGAGGAUGUAGAUUAUACAGACUACUCAGAUAAGAAAAAUCAAUCAAAGUCUUCUGCUCGCCGUUUUAGUAAAGCUCAACACAAGAGAAUGAAACAUAAGUUUCGAAGAGAGAAACUUGAUGAUGAUUUUGAUGAACAUCCUGACCCAAUCUUUCAAGCAAAAUUUGGAACUCGAUGUUAUACUUGGUCAUUCAAAUCAUGGGAGCAGCAGUCUUAUUCUCAAAACUCUACAAAUGGGUUUGAGUGGAGAGAACACUCACACUGGCAAAAUGGUAGAGAUAAAAACUGGCAGAAUGAAAGUGACAUUGAGACUGAUGAUGAAUCUUCUAAUUUCGCUGGCUCAUCUUCUGACAGAAGAAUACUCGAUCUACCCCUACAAGGUCCUUUAAAUAUAGAUGAUGUCAAGAAUGCUUUUCGCAUAUCAGCUUUAAAGUGGCAUCCUGAUAAGCAUCAAGGCCCCUCUCAGGCAAUGGCAGAAGAGAAAUUCAAACUAUGUGUAGAUGCAUACAGAUCACUCUGCAGCGCCCUCUCCUCAACUUAAGCCCCUAGGUUUUCUGGUUCAAUUUGGCAUAGCUCCUUAGGAUGAUUUUCCUUUCAAAAAUGUCCAUGGUCAAAUUAUCUGUAGGCUAUGGCAUUCUUUUAAUCUUCAGAAAUUUACAUGCAAGCUUAAUAUUACAAGUUGUUGUAAAGUUCCGAUCAACUGGUCAUUUGAUCUAGGAAACCAGGCUGGUAUCAGGAAUAAUCAUCUUGUACCAACCGUAACACGAACCAAUUGAGUGCAUCCACACUAUUUAUUCUUCAAGAGGACUUGGUGUUAUAUUGAGAAUAAGUUGGUUUUAAUU